CUACAUUUUGGACAACCUGGACAUACGCGUUGGUGACUUAAGGGAAAAAUCAGUGGAGCGGUUAAAAGACUAGGCUAAAUAAAGUUUGCAUAAUGAAAGGUGCCGUGAGCAGCACUCAAUAUUGACACUCAUCCGAAAUCUAGGCUACUCUAAAUAUGAAACACACAAGAAAAUGCAUGCAGGUAUAAGGCUGGAAAAUAAGACUUGACGCUGUUGGAUCAAAGGGGAAAUGUAUAACAGAUGACUUGGGCCCGUAUACGCGCCCUCCCUCCCUCGUUCUCGGUCACACGUUAAAUUCAUCUAUACGCUGAAAGCGGGCCAACAGGGGACUACCGCUAUAACAGAAUGGAUCUGAUUUGAAAAAGUGCUUUUGACCGUGAGGGAUGGGGCGACGCUGGUGUGCUCUCCAGACCUUUGCAGCUGUCGUUCCAAGCGAGAGAAGUGCUGCAACGUCGCACCUACGCGAAUUGCCAAGCAAGACUGUUAGGGGGGACCACAAAGGAAAACAACCUGGAUGGACGCGACCAAAAUACCAGAGCUUGAUCAUAACGGCUUUGUUUGAAUGCAGACACGGAUAAAGUCAGGGCACCCGUCACAUACCGUUGCUGAAAGAAGUACGGCUAUGAUUACGAGAGCUGAGUGCCAUGCAAAACCACUUCGCGCGAUUUUAUAUCGAUGGAAAUCUUUCCCGCUGAUGAUAUUUAUCGCUGCCAAGACAACUAUUCCUUGACGUGAAGAUUAUUGAUGAACAUUGUAAAAAGCUUUUCCUGCACGCCCCAGGGAGACUAGCCUAUGAUCUCAGAGCGGAGGACUGUUUGUUAGGGUAGCCACAAUUACAUUCACUUUACGUAAGGAAAAAUAUCCGGGCAAGUACAUCAACCCCAUUUAAGGCCGCAGCAGGGGAGAGAUGACCCUGGUCCUGUCCAUGAAUCCCUUCUGUGAGCACGAGGGGGACUCCCCUCUCCCUCAGUACCAGCCCAUCUGGGAGUCCGAGCGCUGCAGCAAGAGCUGCGUGUCCAGCCCCUCGCCUCCGGAGGGAGCCACUGAGGAGCUGGCCGAGGCAGAGCCCCACUGCAGGAGGACACCUGAUCACAUGACCAUGUCCAGGAUCGCCUACUUCAAACGCAAGUUCGUGGAGGACGAGGAGCCUCACUUGAGCUUCAGGAGCUACUGCCAAAGCGUGGCUCCGGCCCUGGAGGAGCGUGCCCACGUGCUGCGCCUGUCCCUGGAGAAGAUGCGCUUCAUCGAGGACCCCGAGGCCUUCCUGCGCCGCUCCGUGCUCAUCAACAACCUGCUGCGCCGCAUCCGCACCGAGAUCCUGCUCCAGAGCGAGUGGUGCCUCCCCCCGCACCCCUGUCCCUCCCCAGCCAUGGCAGCCGCCGCCGCAGCCUGCCUGUCCCCUCCUCCAGGCACCACGUCCAGCCAGGCCGGACCCAACCACCACAGCAACAACCACCACACUGCCCAGCACGGCCAUAGCCACACGCCGCCGCCGCCGUCCUCCACCGCCGCCACCACGGGCCCCCCGCCGACACCGCAGUCCCUGCGACCCUGCUUCGCCGCGCCGGGGCCGUACCGCAAGCGCUUCCGGCUGGUGCGGGGCGGCGCCGGCGAGGUGCCCGAGUGCAUCCCGGCCUGCUGCUGCUUCUACGCGGCCGGACGCUACCUCCACUUCCCCUUCUCGGUUUACGAGGGCACCGCCGCCCCCCCCGGUGCUCCUCACCACCCGCCCUCCACCUCCUCCUCCUCCUCCUCCUCAUCCUCCUCCUCCUCCUCUUCGUCCUCUUCGUCGUCCUCGUCAUCCUCCUCCUCUUCGCCCACCGCGGCGUUCCCUCAGCUGCUGGCGGUGGAUGAUAUCGAGGGGGACGGCGACCCUGACACCCUGUGCCCGGGCCUGGAUCUGACAGAGACGGGGGUGGCGGUGGCAGCCACUGUGGGCCACGCGGGCCGGGCGCUGGACUCCAAAGCACCACGGAGCAGGCUGAGGGAACGGACUGGUGCUAAGGGAGCCUGGGAAAGGGAGCGGGGACAUAGCAGGCACGCCGGUGGUGGUGGUGGUGAUGGCGAGGACAGGCCAAGGGAGCGGGGACAUAGCAGGCACGCUGGCGGUGGUGGUGGUGGUGGUGAUGGUGAGGACAGGCCAAGGGAGAGGGAGCGUAGCAGGGAGAGGGAGCGGGAGCGGGAGAGGGAAAGAGAGAGGGAGAGAGAGAGAGAGGGAGCAGAGGCGUUGUCAGGUGUGCUGGUGGGCCACUCUCGCUGGAGCGUGAUGGAAGCCAUGGAGACUGGACUCCACGAGGCACUGGCAUGGAGCCAAGCGGGACGGAAAUAGCCAACGACAGGCCCCGUCGUGAGAUCAAAAGAAAGAGAAAAACACAAAAAACAGAGUGGAGUAAAUGAAAGGAGAAAGAGAGAGAGAGAGAGAGAGAGAGAGAGAGAGAGAGAGAGAGAGAGAGAGAGAGAGGAGAGAGCCGUGUUGAACGGCAGACAGGUGUUGGUUGGUUUAGUGGGCGGCAGAGGCUGAAUGUUUUGUCGCAGAGAUUUGCACCGGGCGUCAGGGGACUCGUUUAUUUGGCAGCAAGCGAGCCGAGCGCCGUCCGUCCGGCUCAUCUGAUGAGCGGACUGAUUGACCGUUAAAUUCACUCAGAGCAAGAAGCACUGCAUCCACGGCCCGUCGCCUCUGGUCUAACCACAGUAGCAAUGGCAACAGGCCAAAAAAACAAAAAAACCUACAGCUCUGCAGGACUUCAAUAACGGUCCUCUCUGUUUUUGAAAUAGAGUUGUGAUCGAAUAGGUCAGAGAUGAUCUCCUCCCACAGGUCAUGUGGGAUGACUGCCCCCAGUUUAAAGCAACACUAAGUAAGCUUUUCAACGUUAAAGCUAAUUUUCCCAAAUUCAUUUCAAGUGGUCAUAAUGUUGUAUGGAAAGCACUUCUGAUUUUGCUU